CUUCUUCAAUCAGUCCAUUCUCGAAUAUUAACGGGAAAAGGCGUGUGUAUCAUUAUGCUCAACAAAUUUAUUGCUGUGCUCCUGAUGGUGACAUUCUUCCGCGAAGUCACCGCUCUGGAAUGCUACGAGUGUUUCGGUGUCAACGAGUGUAAUAACGAACAAAAGGAUCAUACCGUCCAGUGCGACGAUGCAACCGCACAGGCAGUUUUUGGCCAAAUUUCGAGCUUAUUCUAUCCAACACUGCAGGAUUCUUUGGUAAGGAAUGGAAAAUUUCAGUGCUCAUCGUUCAGAUUUACUCGACAAGGUGAGGUAAACGCGUCAAUUCUGAUCAGAGGAUGUAUGUUUGAAACGAGGGAGGAACUGUGUCGCAUACAAGCUAGUCCUGCAAAUUUUGGGGUUCUCAAUUGUCACGCGUGCCGAUCGAAUCGAUGUAAUGGUAGUGCUGCAUUUGGGUGGAACGUUCUACUGGUGAUGGCAAGUUUGGUGGCGUCUAUAUGGAUGGCGAAGUAGGGGACACAUUGAAUAAUCUGUACAGAUAUAAACUAGAAGUUAAUUACACAUUUAAGAUACUAAUCAAUUAUAUGAGCUUAUCUGAAAAAAAAAAAAUAUGUUCUAUCAUCCAUUCUUUAAAAAGUUUCAUCCUUUCGAUAGAGGUAGCGUAGAAAGUAAACGAAAUAACAUAUUUUUUUGUUAUUCAGCUAAAAAAAUCGACACUGCAUACCAUGGAC